CCGAAACGCGGCCCGUCACACCAUGCGAUGAGCGAGUCCUCGGAGCCAUGCCAACGCUUCGAAUCCAACAUUUUCAGGCGAGAAAGAUGCAAACAUUGCGGGAAGCAAUGGCAUAUGCACCCAGAUGCUGCGUUCGAAGCCUCGCAGUUGGCGCACUUCCAAGCGCAGGUGAACCGGGUGAGCGCAGCCCCACCGACUGCGAAGAGCAAAGCCAAGGCUCGAGCGACUGGAGCUCCUGAGUGGCUCUAUGAAGGCGAAGAUGUCAAGGAGAACUCCAGCGGCUCAGAGGAUGCUUUCCGGAUGUUUGCGGGCCAGGAGUUGGAUGCCUUCACCCGCUCCUCCAGCACCACCUCAGCAGUGAAGAUUGUGAAUCUGGUGGACUUUGAGGAGUGCAACGUGGCCAGUCCCAGGACCAGUGAAGCGUCUUCAGCCUCCUCGUUGGUGGCGUCAACCCCCCGUCCUGUGGAAGGCCCUGCAGUGCCUGCAGGUGCUGCAGCACCAGGCUUCACAAUGCCCAUGAGGUCCAAGAAUGAUGUGCUCCUGGAAGAGAUCCAAUUCCUGCGCCAAAUGCUGGCAGAUGCAAAUGAGGAAAAGAGGAUCCAGGUGGCCAUCAUUCGGGACGAGGUGGUCGAGAAGCAGCGCCUCAUCGACGAGCUCCGGCGGCAGACCUUUACCGCGGAGGCACGGCUACAAGCCAUGCCCGGUCUUGAGGUGGGCCGAAUUGAAAGCCUCGAGGCGGACUUGGAGUUGGCCACUGCUCAGGUCGCCAGCUUGCACGAGCGAUGCCGGGAAUUGGAGAGUGCUGGCCAACUCCACGAGGCCGAGAGUCUUCGACUGAAAGGCAAGUUGGACUUUUGGGAGGUGCCCGACUCAUCACUUGCGGAUGUCAAAAGUGAGCCGGCAGUCCUGGGCUGGGAGUCUGCGCUGCGAGAGGCAUGCCAAAGCUCCUUGCAACGCCUCGCUGACCGACGGGUCGCGCUACGCGUGGCCAGCUACAAGGAGGUGGCGGUUUGCAAAAUUUGCUACGACCGGACGGCUUCUUGUGCGCUGCUACCAUGCAGGCAUCAUGCCUUCUGCAGCCCUUGUGCAGAACGGGUUGAGCAGAGCCGUGAGCAGGCGUGCCCUAUUUGUCGGACGGUGGUCACUGGGCGCUUCGAGACGUACAGUGGCUGAGAAAAGUGCCCGAGAACGUCUCAAGUGGGCGCCGCAGAGUCGUAGAGGCGGAUAAUUUUGCGCCAGGCCUUCACCUGGUGGAUUUCAAAGUGGAUCUCUUAGUCGCUUUCCUUUGUUGCUUUAGCACUAUAGAUGGACAUUGACUUCACUUUCCAGCUUCACUGCUUUAUCCAUCCGCUUUUUUAGAUUCACUUUUUAGUUCAUGUUUUCUUCUGGGGUGAAUCUGAAGACAUCAAUUCAAGUGCACUUUCUUUGCUAAAUGGUGAAUUAAGUGAGGGCUAAGGUAUUUCGAGGUUCCUCCACAACCAUGGCGCAUUUCGAGGUUCCUCCGAAGCAGCAUGAGUUUCAGACAUUGCGCUCAAGCUGGUGAGAGUGCCUCCGGAAAGAUGCUCAUGUCGGUGCAGAGC